AUGGAGGAUUGGAAAUGGGCAGAAGAUAAAGAGCUAGCAUGGAUUCGAUUUGAAUACAUCUCUGGUCUUACUGUCAAUGGUGGAGGACAAAUUAAUGGCCAAGGUGCUCCAUGGUGGAAAGAGUAUCCUGAUAAUGAAAGUAAAAGGCCUUCUGCUAUUAAGUUUAUUGGGUGCGAAAAAAUUACAGUUAGUAAUUUGACUCACUACGAUAGUCCAAAAAAUCAUAUGGGUAUAGCUUCAUGCAAAGAUGUUUAUAUCUCUGAUCUUAAAAUGAUUGCACCAGACGAUAGCCCUAAUACCGAUGGAAUUAAUAUAGCAAGUCCGUCCAAUGUCAUCAUUAAGGAUUCAACAAUUACAACUGGUGAUUAUUAUGUUGCCAUUAACACUGACUCCUUCUUCAUCAAUAUAACUGGUGUUUUUUGUGGACCUGGUCAUGGCAUCAGUGUUGGUAGCCUCGGAAAAAAUGGAGAAUAUGCUAAAGUAGAAGAUAUAUAUGUUAACAACUGCACUUUUACGAGAACUUCAAAUGGAGCUAGAAUCAAGACAUGGGAGUGA